GUACAUACUGCACGGCUCUUCAUCUCCCUCUGAUAUCUCUUUUCGACUUAAAAGCUGAUUUUCAACGAUUUUUCUCACUCAUUUGCAUUAUAAUGGCGGAGCCUCAUGUCACGAUGGAGGUCGGAAACGACGCCGUCGCGGUCAUCACUAUUCACAAUCCUCCCGUCAACGCUUUGGCGCUUCCAAUUUUGGCUGGAUUGAAGGAGAAAUUCGCGGAAGCUACGAGAAGAGAUGAUGUGAAAGCUAUUGUGCUAACCGGUGGAGGAGGAAGGUUUUCGGGAGGAUUUGAUAUAAAUGUUUUCCAAAUUGUUCAUAAAACUGGCGAUCGGUCUCGAUUACCUGAUGUGUCUGUUGAUCUUGUGGUUAACACGAUUGAAGAUGCGAAAAAACCUGUCGUUGCUGCUGUACAAGGACUUGCACUUGGAGGUGGCUUGGAAUUGGCUCUGGGAUGCCAUGCACGUAUUGCAGCACCUAGAGCUCAACUAGGUUUGCCUGAGUUGACACUUGGAAUCAUACCUGGAUUUGGAGGUACACAACGGCUUCCCAGGCUUGUUGGACUGCCAAAGGCAAUUGAAAUGAUGCUGUAUUCUAAAUCUAUACUGUCUGAAGAAGGAAAGAAGCUAGGACUUAUUGAUGCCAUUGUGUCCCCUGAAGAUUUGCUCAAAGUAUCUCGACAGUGGGCCUUAGACAUUGCAGACAGGCGCAAACCUUGGAUAAGUUCUCUUCAAAGGACAGAUAAACUUGGUUCUCUUUCAGAAGCAAAUGAAAUAAUUAAACUUGCAAGAGAACAAGCCAAACGAACUGCUCCAAACAUGCCUCAGCAUCAGGCAUGCCUUGAUGUAAUGCAUGAUGGGGUAGUUAAUGGAGGAUAUAGUGGGGUUUUGAAGGAGACUGAAGUGUUUAAGGAUCUGGUGCUAACAGGCACUGCCAAAGGUCUGGUUCAUGCUUUUUUUGCUCAACGUGCAACAUCUAAGGUACCUAAUGUUACUGACAUUGGGCUCAAACCAAAGCCUGUAAAGAAAGUUGCUGUUAUCGGUGGUGGUCUCAUGGGUUCAGGCAUAGCUACAGCUCUUAUAUUGAGCAACAUAUUUGUUGUUCUUAAGGAAGUCAAUUCUGAAUUUCUUCAAAAAGGAAUAAAAAUGAUUGAAGCUAAUGUUCAAGGGUUGGUAGCAAGGAAAAAGUUGACAAAGGAUAAAGCAGAAAAAGCUUUAUCAUUGCUCAAAGGUGUAUUGGACUAUUCAGAAUUCAAAGAUGUAGAUAUGGUCAUCGAGGCUGUCAUAGAAAGUAUUCCACUAAAACAAAAGAUAUUUAGUGAGAUUGAGAAAGCUUGUCCUCCCCACUGCAUUUUGGCAUCCAACACUUCAACAAUCGACCUCAACAUAAUUGGAGAAAAUACACGGUCACAAGACAGGAUAGUGGGGGCCCACUUUUUUAGUCCUGCCCAUGUGAUGCCCCUUCUGGAGAUUGUACGGACGGAGAAAACUUCUGCGCAAGUAGUUCUUGACCUUAUGGCAGUUGGCAAAGCCAUUAAAAAAGUUCCUGUUGUGGUGGGAAACUGUGCAGGAUUUGCUGUAAACCGGACCUUUUUUCCAUACACCCAGAGUGCACAUAUCUUAGUCAACUUAGGAGUAGAUGUUUUCAGAGUUGACAGAUUGAUCAGCAGCUUUGGUCUGCCCAUGGGUCCAUUUCAGCUUCAGGAUUUAGCUGGAUAUGGUGUAGCGGUUGCUGUAUCAAAGAUAUUUGCAGAUGCUUUUCCUGAUCGCACAUUCAGGUCGCCUUUGGUUGACCUUAUGAUGAAAGACGGACGCAAUGGUAAGAAUAAUGGAAAGGGAUACUACAUUUAUCAGAAGGGAAGCAAACCAAAACCAGAUUCUUCAGUACUACCAAUUAUAGAGGAGUCUAGAAGGACCACAAAUAUUAUGCCCAAAGGAAAGCCUAUAACAAUCACUGACAAAGAAGUUGUGGAGAUGAUCCUCUUUCCAGUUGUGAAUGAGGCUUGUCGUGUUCUCGACGAAGGAUUUGUUGUUCGUGCAUCUGACCUUGACGUCGCAUCUGUCCUUGGGAUGAGUUUUCCCUCUUAUCGUGGUGGGAUUGUGUUUUGGGCAGACACAGUUGGACCUAAACACAUAUAUGCAAGUCUAAAGAAGUGGGAAGAAGUAUAUGGUGGUUUCUAUAAACCAUCAAGAUAUUUGGAAGAAAGAGCAACAAGAGGCGUACCAUUGAGUGCACCAGCUUCAUCCUCAACAUCGAAGUCCCGUCUAUAAGAAACUCAUCUACAUCACUAGUCGUUGGGGGAGAACAGCAUUUUGAGUACUCAUAAAUAAAGAAGUUUUUAUGGUGCCUGCAAAGAUAAAGAGAGAAGCAUCUUGUGUUGUUUUUUAGAAAGCUUACAUUUAUAUUUAUUUGCUCCAGACUUGGAAUUAUUUGUAUCAACUGCAAUUACGUUAAAAAUUAUUACUGCAAAAUUAUUUACA